CAAUCGAGCGUAGCACGCAGAGACCACGAGGGUCACGGCACAUCUAAUCUCUCUGUCUCUGUCUAUAUUUCUCCGUUCUCGGCUCAUUCGAAAAGCAGCCAGGCAGCAGAGCAGAUAGCCUGUGCUGUACCUCUGCGUGUGUAAUCUCGGUGUGCGAGUGCGACUUGGGCACCGAUUUUCGCUUAGCUCGACAGUCCAGUUCGGCGACUCUCCUUCAUCGGCAAUCACGCGAGAGAGCUCAGGGCUUCUCUCAGGAACGUCAGUGACAAGUGUCGGCAGUCGUGGAGCUCUAGCAGCUCGGCGACAGUAGUGCGCUUAUAUGGCCACCAUCACCGAGGAGCCCGAGCAGUUGGACAGCGGCAUGGGCAGCAGCGAUGCGCGUUCACCCGAAGUCAAGACCCUGCUACCCUUCGACGACGAGGAAGACGAAGAGGAUGAAACCCUUACCGAGAGACUCAUCGGACUCACAGAGAUGUUCCCUGAGAAAGUCAGGAACAUCAGUUACGACACUGCUGUCUGCAUGAAGAACUGCGUUAAAGGUUUGUACUCCUUAUCGUGUACUGCCACAUGGUUGAUCUUCAGCUCCUCUGCCAUCCUUUUUGCACCCUUGAUUUUCGAAAUAGAACGUGCGCAAAUGGAAGAAGCACAGCGCAAUCAACAAAAGCAAGUUUUACUUGGACCAACCUCGGCUAUGUCUGGACCAACUCCGUCUGGUUUCCCGAUGGCUCCUCCUAUUCAAAGAUAAUUAUCUCACUGAAGCAUUUAUGAAACAACUUUAAACAGUUGUUUUUGAACCAUUAUUGCAUUGUCACAUUGAUACAUUUAUUCUUGUUCACAAAUAUGUCUUACAACAGAUAAUGUCAUGUGAAUUAGAACAAUUUAAAAGCGUUUUAGUAAUAAAAAAUCUGUUAUUAGUGCUGAGUUUUAAAAUUAUGUGUAAUAUAGUAGUAUAAUACUGAUGAUAAUUACCAAAAAUUCACAAUGUUACAUCUAAUAUAUAUUUAUAGAAGUCACUUAUGGAGUUUGUAGCAUUUUAUUUACGUAGCGCUCUGCUCAGUAAAUCUUUUACAAACUACAUCAUUCCAAAUCAUGGCAUUCUUCAGCUAGUAUGCUCUUUUUUUGUUUAUGAUGACUGUAGGCAUAACUUUAUAUACAAUGUGACAUAAAAUCACCUUUAAAAUCAUUCAUAGUUCCAGCAUGGUUUGAUGUUGCGAACGAUCGCACAAUCAAAUGAUUUUGUACCAUAUCAUUUAAUGUUAUGACAUUAAUUGCAAAUUACAAUAAAAGAUGUGAAAAAUCCCAAAUAAAAUUAUUCAAAGCUUACUUAUUAAAAACAGCAAUGAACUCAUAAUUUAAAGUAAAGAAGAUAAUUAAAUACAUUUAUUCAUUUUGCUUAACCUACUACGCUUUUUACACUUAUAUUUAUUAUUUUCUUGCCAGAAAAGACCAAAAAUACCGCAGACUACGCUUCUAUCUCCCCUAAGCAAUAAAUACUCAUUACAAUGAAUCAAA